AAACCAACUUGUUUUUCCUUUCCAUUGCAUCACCAAAACAAGCCACGAAGCCCCAACUUUAAUUUCCCUGCAGGAGCUGCGUUGUCUACCUACCUUUCUAGCCCUUCUCAACCUUAAUUAAACACAAGCGCCGAAACAGUACUACUCUUCCUUCCCCACCAUACCAACUCCAUCAAACUUCUUAAACACCAUACAACACAACACAACACCCAUCAUCACCUUCACCUUCACCUCCCCAAGAACCCAAAAAGAUGAAGUUCGGAAAAGAAUACACGUCCCAAAUGGUGCCCGAAUGGGAAGAGGCCUACAUGGACUACAACAAGCUUAAAAACGAGCUAAAGGAAAUCCAACGCUUCAAGCGAAAGAAGAAGCCCACACCACCCACUCCAACAACAUCGCUAAGGCGAAAGCUAACACUCUACAGAGCCUUCAGCGGCCUCACCACGCAACAAACAAAACACUACCACCCUCUCAGUCCCAUGGAAAUGAUGUCCCAGCACCAAAACGAUGACGUGGAGAGCCAACAAGCCAUCACGGUGGGGCGCGGCGGGUCGGACGGGUACGAGACGACGUUCCUGAUGAGCGGCGAGGAGGGAGGGGAGUACGAGCUGGUGUUCUUCAGGAGGCUGGACGAUGAGUUCAACAAGGUGGACAGGUUCUUUAGGGCUAAAGUGGAGGAGGCCAUGAAGGAAGCGGAGAUGUUGAACAAGCAAAUGGAUGCCUUCAUUGCUUUCAGGAUCAAAGUUGAGAACCCCACUUCCUCCUUUGAUCGCUCUCUGGAGAUGACUCGUCUUGCUUCCCAUGUUGCUUCUUCCUCCGCGGUGUUGCAAGCUUCCACGCCCAAAGAAGCCAGAUUCAACAGAAAGGUUUCCAUGGUGAUGGAAGUGAUCGAAGAGGGAAGCACCCAUCAUGAACAAUCAGAUGAUUCUAAUGAUGAUCAAGACCAUGUAAAACAAAAUACAAAACAAAAAAUUGAGGUAAAGAAGGCAACGAAUAUAAGGGGUACUAGACCAGCUCCUUUGGAAGUACUUGAUCACGUGCAACUAAACCACACCUAUGAAACUCCACGUUCAACUAUAAAAGGUGUUCUCAAUUUCCCUGCCAAUACAGAACUCAAAUUCAGCAGAAAAAAUCUCAACAAAGUUGAGGAACAACUUAAAAGGACAUUCAUUGAAUUCUACCGCAAGCUUCGCCUUCUAAAAAGCUAUAGCUUUCUAAAUACCUUGGCAUUUUCAAAGAUAAUGAAGAAAUAUGAUAAGAUCACGUCAAGAAAUGCAGCUAAAGCUUACAUGAAAAUGGUGGACGACUCCCCCCUUGGAAGCUCUGAUGAGGUCACAAAGCUUAUGGAUAGGGUUGAAAAAACAUUCACUAAACACUUUUACAACUCAAAUCGUAAUAAAGCCAUGGGCAUCUUAAGACCAAAAGCAAAGAGAGAAAGACAUAGAGUUACAUUUUCCAUGGGUUUCUUAGCAGGAUGCACUGCAGCUCUAGUGUUAGCCCUUAUUCUAAUCAUUCGCACCCGUCGCAUAUUGGAUCACGAAGGGAGUACUAAGUACAUGGAUACCUUGUUCCCACUACACAGUCUGUAUGGAUUCGUAGUUCUACACAUGCUGAUGUAUGCAGCAAAUAUAUACUUCUGGAGGAGGUACAGAGUGAAUCACUCAUUCAUAUUUGGCUUUAAACAAGGCACUGAUUUGGGUCACAAUCAAGUGCUUCUCCUUGGUUUUGGCCUAGCAGUGUUGGCACUAGCUGGUGUGCUUGCAAACCUAGACAUGCAAAUAGAUCCAGAGACAGAGGAUUACAAGACACUGACUGAACUUAUUCCACUCAUCUUGCUUCUUAUUGUGAGUGCUAUUUUAUUCUGCCCCUUAAACAUCUUUUAUCGCUCAAGCAGGGUUUUCUUCCUCAUAUGCCUGUUUCACUGUAUAUGUGCUCCUCUUUACAAGGUCACACUCCCGGAUUUCUUCUUGGCAGACCAAUUUACCAGCCAGGUGCAAGCCUUGAGAAGUUUUGAGUUCUACAUUUGCUACUAUGGCUGGGGAGAUUUCAAAAAGAGAGAAAACAAGUGCAACUCUAGCAGCUUAUUCAUUACUUUUUCAUUCAUUGUUGCUGUUAUUCCCUACUGGUCUCGUUUCCUCCAGUGUCUUAGGCGCCUGUUCGAAGAGAAAGAUCCAAUGCAAGGAUAUAACGGGUUGAAAUAUUUCCUCACGAUUAUUGCUGUUUGCCUAAGGACAGCCUAUAGUCUUAACAAUGCAAUGGUAUGGAAAGUGCUGGCAUGGGUUUUCUCAAUAUCUGCAGCAGUUGCUUCUACAUAUUGGGACCUUGUAAUUGACUGGGGCCUUUUGCAAAAGCAUUCCAAGAAUCGCUGGUUGAGAGACAAACUCGUAGUCCCUCAUAAAAUUGUUUAUUUUAUAGCCAUGGUCCUUAAUGUCUUGCUGAGAUUUGCCUGGUUGCAGACAGUCUUGAAAUUUAACUUCACCUUCUUGCAUAAACAAGCCAUGACCAGCAUUGUUGCAAGUCUAGAGAUCAUUCGUCGUGGCAUAUGGAAUUUCUUCAGACUGGAAAAUGAGCACUUGAACAAUGUUGGCAAGUAUCGUGCAUUCAAGUCUGUGCCUCUACCCUUCAAUUACGAUGAAGAUGAUGAUAAAGAUGAGUAAUGUGAUAUUAGGCUUGCUAAAGCAACAUAUAGUUAGAACAUGGAUUUAUUGUUUGGCGUCCUUUUUCUAAAACACCUUGUUUCUUCUUUCCUUCAUAUGCUGAGAAUUCAAGAAUAAAUCUUCCUUUUUGUAUAAAGUAAUAUAGUUGCAUGUCACGGGUGACAAAAAUAUUGCGAGGGUGAGAUGAUGUUUACACCUGUGCUCAUUUUGUUAAUGUCUGUACAAAUGAGGAAAUUUAUUACAAAUGAAUAAGAUGUAAAUUUUUGU